AAUUGUUGUGAUAAACUUAUUAAAUAGAUUGCGUUGUUUGAGUAAAAUUCAAGAUGGUCGUUUUCAGCAGGCUCAUGUGCCGCUCUUUGCUGACUAAAUCCAACAUAACGCUACAGCCUCUGAGCCGAAGCGUAAAGCAAUCAGCCUCAGCUGUUGGUAGUGGAUCUGGUGCAGGGUGGAUGAAGGCAACUCAAGUCUCUUCUGACUUGGGCAAAUUGGCAGUUUUGGGUACUUGUGCUACUGGGUUGGGUGCACUUUGUGUGUAUGGAGUGUUGCAGCCCACAAGCGACUCGGUGUUGGACCAAUCUGUUGCGUAUCCGGCUUAUGUUCGCGAGCGAAUUCGAUCUACCUACUUGGCGUUUGGGUCUGGGUUGGCAAUGACAGCCGCAACAGCUGUAACAUGUGCCAGAAGACCUCAAAAGCUCAUGCCUCUUUUGAGCCGGAUGAGCACCCCUAUGGGUGCAAUUGGCGCCAUGGCUGUAUGUUUCGGCAGCGGAAUUGCCGUUCAAGUGACACCAACUCCUGAGAAAGGUCAUCUGGGUUUGAAGCAUGCUGUUUGGUGUAUGCAUUCGGCACUGUUGGGAGGCUUGAUUUUCCCGGCCAUUGCGAUCUAUGGUCCUUUGGUGGGCCAGGCUGCCUUGUAUACUGGAGGAGCAUUGGCUGGCCUGAGUGCGAUUGCAAUCACAGCCCCCAGUGAGAAGUUCUUGGUCGGGGGAGGCAUGCUUGGAAUGGGCUUCGCCGCUCUCUUCGCAGCCAAUAUCGGAACCAUGUUCGCGCCCUCCAUCGCCCAGCCUUUUAUGGUCAAUGUAAUAACAUACGGGGGUGUGGUUCUGUUUUCGGGCUUCAUUCUGCACUACACACAAGGGUUGGUACACAGGGCCAAGGCUAUCCCACCCGAUGCGAAUAUGCCUGGAGCGAGGCCGAAUUUCGACCCAAUUAACAAUGCCAUUGGACUGUACACCCACACUCUCAACCUCUUCAUGCAUAUUCUGCGAAUGCUCGCGUUGAACCAAAGGAAGAAGUGAGAAGCAACUCGACCGUAAAAGCGAACGACUUGGAUCUGAAUGAAGGAAAAGACUGCAAACAUGGAAUUAAAUUUAACGGACUGAAUGAAACCUGUGAUACCUAUGACAAGAAUAAUCGACGCUCAUUAAUUUUAUUGCAAGAGGCUAGAUAGAAUAGUGUAGAAAAAUUCAAAGUUUGACUAGUUU